AUGGUGUUCUGGAAAGAAGUUGGCCUGCAAUUGCGCCGUGUGCCCAAGUCCGCCGAUAUUUGUUUGACUCAAUCGCGGAGACACUUCAGUUCAAGGUCAUGGACCAACACCGGAAUCACAACACAGCGCAAUGUCGCACCCCGAAGCCCUCAGCAAUGGCAAUAUACUACAGCCCGCCGUGCUUUCUCUGUCUCGGCACAAGCUGCGCAUGGUCAUAUCACGCCGCCCAAGGCCGGAGAAGAGAUCAACAUUACUUUUAUUGACAAGGAUGGUACCAAGAUCGACUUCCAGGUCGCCGAGGGCGAUAAUCUACUCGACAUUGCCCAGGCCAAUGAUCUGGAGAUGGAAGGCGCCUGCGGAGGAUCCUGCGCUUGCUCCACAUGCCAUGUUAUCGUUGACGACCCCGAUACCUUUGAUAAAAUGGAAGAGCCGUCGGACGAUGAGAACGACAUGUUGGACCUGGCCUUCGGACUCACCGAGACCUCCCGAUUGGGCUGUCAGGUCCUGAUGACGAAGGAGCUCGAUGGUAUGGUUGUGCGCUUGCCGACCAUGACACGGAACCUGCAAGCCAGUGACUUUGAGUCGAAAUAA